AUGCCAACCUUUACAUAAUGGAUUCUGAUAGAAUUCUUUUUUUUAAUGGAAAGUAUCAUUAGCAAUAUGUUUUUUUUCAAUUUCAAUACUACUUCUAAUAAUAUUGUAAGUGGGAUCCUUUUCAUUGAUAGAUGUGAAUUGAAGAAUUUUACACAAUUUAAUAUUCAACAAACUUCAGAAACUAAAAUAAGUAUCAGAUCUAUCAUCAUUAAGAAUUUCCGUAUUUACUUAUUCUUCAUUUUUAUAAAGUUAUGA